UGCUGGUGAAGUGACACCUAACCCUACGCUAUGGAGAAUGGCGCCCUUCCUGCGUCAGCUGCCCUGGGCUGAAACUGCCGAGACGUGUCCUAGCGGCCGUGCUCCCAGCUCUGCAUCUAGAGGGAAAGGCACAAGCCGGGCUUCGGGUUCUCAGUCUAAAAAGAAGACAGGCAGAAUAAAUGAGUUGUCUGCGACCGCAGACGAUAAGGUACCUGGGAGAGUAUGAGAAAGGGGAUUCUUUUAUUAAAGACGGAAUCCUUCAGAGAGUGGGACAUUAUAGAAACUCAAGAGCAUUAUAAGAGCCGAUGGAGAUCUAUUAGGAUUCUUUAUCUUACUAUGUUUCUCAGCAGUGUAGGGUUUUCUAUUGUGAUAAUGUCAAUAUGGCCUUAUCUCCAAAAGAUUGAUCAGACAGCUGAUGCACGUUUUUUGGGCUGGGUUAUUGCUUCAUUUAGUCUUGGCCAGAUGGUAGCUUCACCUAUAUUUGGUUUAUGGUCUAAUUAUAGGCCAAGAAAAGAGCCUCUUGUCAUCUCCAUCUUAAUUUCGGUGGCAGCCAACUGCCUCUAUGCUUAUGUCCACGUCCCGGCUUCUCAUAAUAAAUACUACAUGUUGAUCGCUCGUGGAUUGGUGGGAUUUGGAGCAGGAAAUGUAGCAGUUGUUAGAUCAUAUGUUGCUGGUGCUACUUCCCUUCAGGAAAGAACAAGUUCCAUGGCAAAUACAAGCACGUGCCAAGCAUUAGGAUUUAUUCUAGGUCCAGUUUUUCAGACUUGUUUUGCACUCAUUGGAGAAAAGGGUGUGACGUGGGACACAAUUAAGCUGCAGAUAAAUAUGUAUACUGCACCGGUUUUACUUGGCGCUUUCCUGGGAAUUUUAAAUAUUAUUCUGAUCCUUGCUGUAUUAAGAGAACAUCGUGUGGAUGACUCAGGACGACCAUGUAACAGUAUUAAUUUUGAAACAGCAAAUGCAGAUGAAGUUCAGAUUUCACAAGGAAAUAUUGAUCAAGUCGCUGUUGUAGCCACCAAUGUUCUCUUUUUUGUGGUUCUGUUUAUCUUUGCCCUUUUUGAAACAAUCCUUACUCCAUUAACGAUGGAUAUGUAUGCUUGGACUCAAGAACAAGCUGUAUUAUAUAAUGGGAUCAUACUUGCUGGGCUUGGAGUUGAGGCAGUUGUGGUUUUCAUGGGGGUUAAAUUUCUUUCCAAAAUGCUCGGGGAGCGCGCCGUUCUGCUGGGAGGACUUCUCGUUGUGUGGGCUGGAUUCUUUAUCUUGCUGCCUUGGGGAAAUCAGUUGCCCAAAAUACAGUGGAAAGAUUUACAUAAUAACUCAAUCCCCAAUACCACAUUUGGGGAAAUCAUUACUGGUCUUUGGAAGUUGCCAAGAGAAGAUCAGAGUGAACUACCAACUGGUUGCCCAAUUGAGCAAACCUGGUGCCUCUACACCCCAGUGAUCCACAUGGCGCAGUUCUUCACAUCAGUUGUGUUCAUCGGAAUAGGCUAUCCAGCCUGCAAUGUGAUGUCCUAUACGCUCUAUUCAAAAAUCCUAGGCCCUAAACCUCAGGGUGUGUACAUGGGCUGGUUAACAGCUUCCGGAAGCGGCGCACGCAUCCUGGGGCCUGUGUUCAUCAGCCACGUGUAUAGUUACCUGGGGCCGCGAUGGGCGUUCGGCCUUGUGUGUGGAAUAGUGCUGCUCACCAUCUCCCUCCUUGGAGUGGUUUACAAGAGACUCAUCGCCUUUUCUGUAAGGUAUGGGGGGAUUCAGGAGUUGCCUCGCUAAGGCCGUGGAGGAAAGUUCCUGCGGCAUGGCAUAUCCCUGCGUGAGGCACUGUUAGUGUUGUUAUGAGCCAGGCUGUAGAUUUUGCACAUUUUGAAUAAUGUGAACAUACAUUGACAAGGAAUCACACAUGUAAUUAUGAAUAUGAUACAUAAAAACAUUCUAGGCCAAAAUUUCCUUAUCUCAAAAAUGAAGUAUUCUACUACUGCCUUUUUGGGGAUUUUAGGAAUUAAAGAGCAAAUGGACAAUGGUCUGUGAAUGCAGAGCUGUAUUCUUUAAUGCAAACAGUGAAACCAGGAGAGCUGUGUAUGAGUUAGUACAGGACGAAACUAGAAAAAUCUUUUAACGUUAUUUAUUCAAAGAUGCAUUUAUGGGCCCGGUGAGAUAGCUCAGUAGAAUAAGAGCUUGCCUGGCAAAUGUAGGGUCCUGAGUUCAAUCCCCAGUACUGAAAAAAAAAUGCAUUUAUAUAAAAAUACAUUUUCUAUCAUCCAUUUUCCUUACAAAAAUCCUGAGUCAAAUCCCCAUUAACCUGUCUUAAGUCUCUUCUAACAUUGCACCUGUCUUGCUUUAGCUCCAGAUUUUACAACCCCUAAAUUAACACGAGGAUGGAUUGCAUUGCCUUUAGUGGGGCUUUUUUUCUUUCACGUUCUAAUAAUUCACUUAGAAACAAUUCAGAUAAAUUACUGCAUACAUGUACUAAACAGUAAAUUAAUUCUUGAAAUUAUUGCUGUUUUCUCAUUCUAAACUCUACAGAAAGAUCUUCACUUUAAAUACUUCCCUGCGUUUAGAGAAUUUUAGUUGGCUUUUAAAUUUGAAUGGAACCUAAUACCCUAGAUAGUCUAAUAAGUAUAUGAGGCAACAACUUUUACCUAAGUUUAACGAAUCUACCUGAACUUGGCUAAAUCAUACUAUGUAUACAUUUCUACCUCAGUGUGAGUCUAAAGCUGAUAAAGAGCUACGUGGGCCAGGCAUAGUGGUACACAUCUGUAAUUCUAGCGCUCUGAGACACUGAGGCAGGAGGAUCACAAGUUUGAACU